AAUGUGACGAAACAAAGGCCCGUAAGAGAAUGCUGCAAAGGCUACACGGAGACCACGAAAGGCGAUCGCUGCAUUCCAGUGUGCUCCGAGGGUUGUCUCUACGGUACCUGUAUUGCGCCUGACGUCUGCGAAUGCGAGUCGGGAUACCGCGGCUCGUUAUGUGAUACCAAGUGCCCUUCGGGUAAAUGGGGCAGAGAUUGCAAGAUGGAUUGUAAAUGCCAGAACGGUGCCACGUGCGACCCAUUCGACGGCAAGUGUAAGUGUACCAGAGGCUGGAUCGGCCUGUACUGCGAUCGAAAGUGUUCUUCCAACCGAUACGGGCAAGAUUGCGCCGAGGAGUGCCGUUGUCAGAACGGCGGAUCCUCUGGCUGCGAUCACAUUACGGGCGAGUGUCAGUGCAAGCCGGGCUUCUACGGCGACGAAUGUCUGAAGAUCUGUCCCGAGGGCACGUUUGGACUGUACUGCACGAACAAUUGCACCUGUGAAAAUAAUGCUACGUGCAAUCCUAGUAACGGUACCUGUGUAUGCGGUGCAGAUUGGAUGGGUGAAACGUGCAGCCAACGAGCCUGCGAGGACGGUUUGUACGGUUCCAACUGUACAAAAGUUUGCGAAU